AUGGAACUAAAAGCCCACCUAUCACUCCUCCUCGUCCUCCUCCUCGCCGUGGCCAUCGCCUGCGCAGCCCCAAUCCGUCGCCCGAUUUCCGCCCUCCACUCCCGCCAGGACCCAGGACCAGGACCAGAAGCAGAAGCGGAAGCAGAAGCAGAAGCCCUGGACUCGCUGUUACCGUCGCCGUUGGACUUGCCGUUGCCCAAGCCGGAGCCUCUAGACGUCGAUAGCAUGCUUGCGAAUUCGCCGCUUAGUGAUUUUUACAAGAUGAUUAAGGAGGAGGUUAAAAUUGAUCUGCCGAAUAUGAGGCAUAAGAAUCGGCCUGUAUGA